AUGCAUCUUAACUAUGACUAUGCUUUAAUAAACCUUGAAAUAGAUUUUUCACAUUUAGAUGAUUGCCAUGCAUUUACUCAAUUUCUUGCUGAAUUUCAUAAUACGAAUCUUGGUAAAUCAGGAAGAGAUACUGAAAUCAACAAUAUUUUAAGAGAAAUUCGAGAAAUUUUAAAGGAACUUGCUAAAGCUGAAGGCGAUAAAGAACAUAGAAUUGGUGUUGAUAAGAUAAGAAAACAAGAUCAGAAGGUUGCUAUUAAGCUACUUGAAGGUUUAGUUAAAGAAGACUAG